UUCGUUAGUGUCUCCAUUGCCUCGGUGCUAUUCAGUUUCUUUAUUGUAGUCUCUCCACUUAGCUGCCAAAGGUCUUUUAUCAUAUAUUAAGACGCUUUAAAACAAAUGACAGACUCUGGUGUAGACUAGAACCCUUAACCAUUACAGGAAUCAUGAAGUGAUGUUGUGUUUCAUGAACUUAGUUAUCACCACGACAAUAUUAGCCAAAGUAUUUGCCAAUUGAUAAGGUGCAGUGAACAAUCUAUUUCCAUUGACAAAAUUGUGAUAUUUAAUACAGUAUGGUACUACCCUGACACGUAGCGCGGAAGUGCGGACAAAUGAAGUUUUGAGCGAAAUUCAACAUAAUUAAGCUAUUGCUCGUCAUCUUGAACUACAUUGACCUUACUUAUAUUUUUCCCAGCAUCAUCAGAGGUUGUUGCUACAUAAAAAAUGUCGGGAAUGGGACGAGUCCUCAAGAUCGUGGCUGUAGGUGAUGGCGCUGUCGGGAAGACGUCACUCCUCCUGGCCUACACACAGGGGGUGUUUGACCCACAGUACAUCCCUACAGUCUUCGAGAACUACGCAGGUGAUAUCGAUCUCGACGGCAAAAAAUACAACUUCACUUUAUGGGACACUGCUGGCCAGGAGGGUUUCGACAGAUGCAGAGUUCUAUGUUACAAAGGGGCAAGUGUAUUUUUGGUAUGUUUCAGCAUCGACAACCCAAACUCCUUAGAGAACGUUCGCCAGGUCUGGCUGCCGGAAGUGAGGAAGGAAUGUGGAGACAUGUUCCUACCCUCUUGGUUGGUACAAAAUCGGACCUACGAGACUCUCCGCAGCCGACCAAUAUUGUCAAGACUGCAGAAGGGAGGAAGGCUGCCAAGUCACUCAAAAUGGCCGGGUACGUCGAAUGUUCAGCCAAGAAGAUGGAUAACCUCAAACAAGUGUUCACAGAAGCCGUUCAAGCCACGGAACCUAAUUACCGUAAAGGAUUCAGCUGUGUUAUUUUGUAGAUGCAAUGCGACCAAGGCUCCAUUCCUUCACGCACAUAAUAACUGGACUGCCAACUGAAAACGCCCAAGAUACUCAGACCAGUGAAAAAUUCCGUUUAUUUUUCACUGCCA